CGGGAGGCGGGCGGACUGACGGCGGAGAACAGGGGGCUCGCAGGGUUAAGGAAGGGGAGGACGGGACGGGACAGGAGAGAGAGAAAGAGAGGGAGGCACACCGGUAGACAGCAAGCGCAAUCCGACAGCAUCUAACGUUAGCAUGGCAGACACCAAGGAGACACAAGAGGAGCAUGAGACUGCUACAGAUGAGUCGAACCAUGACCCCCACUUCGAGCCUAUUGUGUCACUUCCAGAGCAGGAUGUCAAAACAUUAGAGGAAGAUGAAGAGGAGCUCUUCAAAAUGCGGGCCAAACUGUACCGCUUCGCCUCAGAGAACGACCCGCCGGAGUGGAAGGAGCGGGGCACCGGUGACGUCAAGCUGCUCCGGCACAAGGAGAAGGGUUCCAUCCGGCUGCUGAUGCGGAGGGACCGCACCCUGAAGAUCUGCGCCAACCACAAUAUCGUUCCCUUGAUGGAUCUGAAGCCAAACGCGGGCAGCGACCGGGCGUGGGUGUGGAACACGCACGCGGACUUCGCUGACGAGCACCCAAAACCGGAGCUGCUGGCCAUCCGCUUCCUGAACGCCGAGAAUGCGCAGAAAUUUAAAGCGAAGUUUGACGAAUGCAAAGAGGAGGUCAGGAAGACUUUAGAAGGUUCAGACAGCACCCACGCUGCGGACAAGGUGACCGAGAAGCUGGAGGAGCUGUCCGUGAAAGACCAGAGCGAACCUGCUGAGAAGCAGGGAUCUGGGGAGAAGAAGGAGGCAGACACCGCAGAGGAGAAGUGAAGCUGACGCUCACAGUCCUACGGUCUUCAACUUGUCAUUUCCCUUUUUUCUACAAUGGACUAAAUAAACUGUAUCUGGACACUCGCAUUUUGUUUAUUGAAGGGUUUUUGUUUCUUUGCCACCUAAGGUCAUGAUCUUGGCAAAACUUAAAGUAACCAUUCCUUAUUCAUGAAAAUGUACUUUUUAUUUUAUUUUUUUAAAAUCUCUCUUCCCCUUUAUAGUGGAUGAUGAUCUGUAACCCAAGGCAUCUUUGACAUUGUACUGUGAUAUGAGGCUUGAUGUGGAUGACUCCCACAUUGGGCAUUGCUUUUCAGUUGCGGUUUGUCUUUUUUGUUGAAUGAUUUAAAUGGAGAGAGGAAAUGUGUGGAGGCCUUUCCGGACAGGUGGAAGGGCUACUGUGCAGGCUUGAGUUCUGAUAGUCUUGUAAGAGUCCUGUAGGCCAUUCGCCUGUGGCGAGGCCCAGUUUGCCUGCUCGGUUCUGAAGCGGUUUUGAGUUGCCGGAGGGAAUGUGAAAUGCACAGCAGGAGUGUGUGAGACCAUGGUGGCCAUCUGUGGAACUCUACUACCAAGUGGUUGUGUUCUUUGUUUUUAUUUUAUGAUAGACUUAGAUUCCACCAAAGCAGAAAUAAAGAUGACUUGUUAUGACUUGA